CUAGGUAGGACUCAUUUAUAUUAUAAUUUACAUUCUAACAUCUGUUAAAGUGCUAAAAAUGCAUGGAUCCCUAAAAUAUUAUCCAAAUCCAUCUCGCCUUUUCAUCUGCCUUUUGUGGUCCAACUUAAUGAGUUCUAAUCACAUCACACUUUUUUUACAUGACAAAUAUUCAUACUUUUCUCAUUUGUAUGUGCUAUUUACAAAACCCAGAAAAGCAAGCAGCAAACAUAAAAAAUGAAAGCAUGUCCCAGACUAUGCUUUAAUUUUGAUUAAGAUUGCUAUCUCUUUGCUUAUGGGGUUCUAAUCAGAUCCUGAAAUCUGAAAAAACCUGAAGUACGAUUGCAGGUACUACAUUUGCAUAUUGCACCACCAACAGACCUACUAGUUUAGCAGCUUAAGAAAAGGGAUUCUGUGGGACCUGAUAAUUUUUGUAGUGGUGGUUGUAAUUUUUAGUUUAUAGUGGAUUGUUAAAAACAUUGGAAGCAAAUUUAGUUACCUAAUACGGGUUGCAGACAGAAGUGGAUAGAGAACCUUAUAUAGAAGGAGAAUGUUCCAUUGCCUCAUCCCAUUUCUGAAACAAUUUUUCAAGUAGGACAGUAUGUUUUGAAGUGAGUUAAUUGAGCCAAACGGAUAUAAAAAUGCUUAAAAUAACUGUCAUCAGCCACACUGGGACCUAACCCAGAUUAUUCCUUUUAUUAAAAUGCCUAUAUAGAAGAUGAAAGCAAGAAAACAACUUGUUUUCAAAUUAAGCCUACAGCAAGUAUGUGUUUGUAUGAGGUGAGCUGGAUGGUCUCUGACUGGGAGUGAUCUUCAGGAGAAAUAGUAGUUUUAGUUUGUGCAUCUUAGAAAAUACCAGGUGGAGUUGUGCAGAUCUCUCCAAGGUCACCUAGAGAAAAGCGCAUGAUAGCCUGGGUCUUCCACCUGCAAAAAGGGCACAAGCUUGCACCCAUCACUAACGUACAUCAAUAGUGACUGCUUUACCACAUGUGGAGAAGACAAGUUCAUUCUCCCCAUUCACUGCUUGACUUCUCUGCUCAGACUGUUAAAAAAAUAAUUGUGGUGGUGUCUGGGAUGUGGGAUUUGUCUUUAUUAAGGAUCUGGAUUAAGCCUCACCAAAUCAUUUCAGAUAGCUGCUCAGACCAAUCAGACUUGGUUUCUAACAAAACUGGAUUCCAGUCUGGCAGCGAAAGGUGAUGGGCUCUGUUUCUCAUUACCAAUCCUCUGAACUCUCUUGUACCUAUAUUUUGUAGUUAAGAUUCCUUUACUGUAAAAAUUAAAUUAGGUAUCAGGCCAAUAAAUUAUUCUGUUUGUAUAAUUUGAUUAGUAACUAGUUUCAGUGUGUGCUGACUCCUUUAUAUGGAUCAGAAUGCUUCCUGAGCAGAAGCUGACACUUAAGUUGCACUCUCACCAAAUAAGAUAAAGUGCAUCCUGGAAGACUUCUGAACAAGUGUUAGGAAUGACUGGAUUAACUACUUUAUGGUGGGAUUAUUUUUGAAACCAAGUAUGAAGUUGAUAACAUAGUUUUGGAUUGGUAUGUAUUUCAGAAAGGAGCUCUGCUAUUAAGGAAGUAAUUAGUUCUUUACCGUCCUGCUAUUACUUGUAUUUAUAAGCAUGAGAAAAAUAAAUAGCAGAUAGUUUGAGAGUUUACCAGUUAUAGUUGCAAGUACAUCAAGCUACUUUUUAGGUGACCUGUCCCCAUGAAUGCCAUUCUUAUUUGUCAUACCUAGGACUGAGCAAAUGACAGUGUUAGGUUAUUAUGUUCCACAGGUCACUGUGUGAGUAACUAAGAAAAAGAGUUUCCUGAUUUACAGAAUUUUAAGUUUUGUGGUGAAUGAGGUUUCUGUUUUUAUAACUGAAGUCUUGUCAUUUUUAGUUUAACUGACAGGAAAUCCUGUCAACUCAGAUGUGAACAAUUGCUUUAAAAACUGUAAGUGAAGAGGAAAUUGACCUUGAAGCAAAAUAGUACUUGUUUGCAAUCCUUGCUGUAUUGUUGGGCUUUUGCUGUUUAGAUUUGUGGUCCCAAGCCCUGAAACUAAUUAGAUAAUUGUAAAAGAUAAAUCCGGUGGGGGGUUUUGGCAUUUUUAUUCAUGCUUUUUAAUGUGUAUUUAAUUGUCUGAUGCCUGUGACUUUCUGUACAAUAUAGAAUUCCCCAAACUGCCUAGCUCCAUUACCACAAUCUGACUUACGUAGACAAGCUAACAUCUCUUCAUUAGCAAAGCUCAGGCUUCCACAUUCUCCUCCUGGUUUUUUUAAUGAUGUUUUCUGAGUUUCUCUACUGCAUUUCAAUAUCUUUUUCUGCAAAUCUACAGUUACACUUAAGAUUUGCAGAAGACAAAUUGGGAUGUUUCCCAAAUGAGGUAAGCAUUCAUUCCCUUUCAUAAAUAGAUGGAAUCUGAAUCUUUCCCAUGCUUUCAAAUCGCUUAGAGUACAACUGAGGCUCUACUAUCUCUAGCUAGCUUAGGCUGUUCCUUGCACAUCUAUGUUGUUAAAUCCCCUAAUUUUCUCUCUACAUACUGCUCAAUGGAGAGAUUUUUUUUUUGGUUGACUCUUCUUACAUGUUUCCUUAAUUGCCCAUAGCAGAUGCUCAGGCUUCAUUUUUAACACAUUUGAUAUUUUCAUCAUGUUCUAGGGAUGAGUUUGAGAUAAGGAGUUGUGCAACUUUUAUUAAUCUUGGCAUUUGUAAUAAUUCCAUUUAAUACUUUGUCUUCCUGGGCAUGUGCUUUCAAAGGCAUUUAGGUAUUUGUCUGUAGCUUUGGUGGAUGUUCAGCCUCUGGAAUCAUAUGCAAGGUGGAAAUAACAUCUAAGUCAGUGUGUGUUAAACUUUAAGACCAUGGAACACCAAAUACUGUAUUUUUUUUUUUAUGCGGAACACCUAAGAAUUUUCUUCAAAAAAAAUUGUCACACACAAAAAGACAAAAACUAAGAAAAGGUUGCAGCACCCCUGAAAGUUGUUCACGGAACAUAGUUUAAGAAACACCGAGCUAAGCUGACUGAACUGAAUUUGCUUUUUAUGGGCACACUUUGACACUCUAAUUUGCUACCAAAGUAUCUUCUGGAAAUCAAGUAUUUUGUAUUAAAGUGCACUGCGGUGAUGUUUUGAAUUAAAUAUUAAAAUGAGUUAUGAAAAGGGGUGGUGUGUUGCUACAGUUUCCUUGCUUCCCAUUUCCAUUGUCUCAAGUGACAGGGGUUGGAGUUCACUGAACUUUCCAUUUUAGAAUGUUUAUUAUCAUCUUUAAGAAUUUGGGUCCUUGACUUGCUAUGCUGCACAGGUGAUAUGCUGAGAGCUUUUCACACAGCCCUGCGGAAUUCUCCUUUGAACACAAAGAACCAAGCAAUAAAGGAACGGGUCCAGGGAGUGGUGCUUAAGGUCCUCACAUCCUUUAAAAGCAGUGAGAUAGAACAGGCAGUAAACACAUUAGACAGAAAUGGUAUUGACUUGUUAAUGAAGUACAUUUAUAAAGGAUUUGAAAAGCCAACAGAAAAUAGCAGUGCAAUAUUACUUCAAUGGCAUGAAAAGGCAUUAGCAGUAGGUGGACUAGGUUCCAUAGUAAGAGUUCUUACAGCAAGAAAGACUGUUUAAAAGACUUAACUUGAACCAAGAUGAACAGUUUUGGACUCAGAAGAAAGAAUCAGCUGAAGUGACAUUGGCCCAUCUUUCUAGACAUUGCAAUCUACUGACAUAUUAUGGAAACCUCGGGAAUGCUUCUAUUUUUAAAGGUUGGGGAAAAGAGCAAAUAUUAUUGUGUGUUCUGACUAUCAAAUACAGGGGCUGAGACUGUCUGCUUUACCACAUCAGACAUUCUGGUUACUGUACAGGGAGAGGUAUUUUUCUUCAGAUGCUGCACCCUCAAAGUACGGUGACAUAAGAUCCUGUGUGUAUUGCUAAUUUAAGAGAAGUAGCUGUGGCUUCAGCAGAUGCAAAGUUCUGACUGGGGGGAAAUGCCGAUUUGACAGGGGAUUUUGUACAUACAAUCAAAGGACUAGCUGGAUGACUGGGUCAGUUUCAUUGUAAAGUGCCUGCUGCGUCAAUAAAGCUCUUGGAUUGUAAGAAUCAAA